UCACAUUUUAUUGAAACCGUUGAAAGUUAAGCGACCGCACUUGUUUGAUCGUACCUCGUCGGCGGUUGGCGGCGGCGUCGCCUGAGAGAAUCCUCGCCGCCGGCCGCAGUCGUCCUGCGGACACCGAAACGGGAAGAACAUCCGCGCGCGCACACACCGCCAACUACGCAGAUUAACGUAAAUAAUACUUAAAUAGAAAGUGUUGAAAAUGUUGCAAACUUUGCACUCGACUUUAGUUAUGUUUUCGUCGCGAGGCGUGUAAUUACUAAGAAACGGUGUGAAAACGUUCGUCAACAUUGUGAAUGCAAUCAAAAUAGCUUAAUUAAAUAAUUACGCAACGAUUUAAUUUAUUUAAACAAUAAACAAUGGGGGUUUCAAUGUUAAAGUUCGUGUUUGUGCAAAUUUUAUGGACACUUGUUACGUGUGAUAGGAAAUUGUCAAAUGGCAGUUGUCCGCUGGGAUCAUUUCCCUGCCUCUCGACAGAUUUGUGUAUACCGCAACAACAAUGGUGUGAUGAGACUGUUCACUGUCUGGAUCGAUCCGACGAAGCGUCCUGUGACGAUGUCCAUCAGGACGAGUUGAUUAAUCAAAAGUAUAAAAAACGACCUGGCGCGAGGAUGGAUGAGUUACCACAACAUUGCGAUUUUUCCCACGCGCAGACAAAUAAUUCAUCCUUCAAUGGAGGCUCACAUCUAGCGUAUGCUGAAAAUCCGGCAAAUCCUCAAACGGAAAACCCGGGAUGUCGAUGUUUGCAAGCCAAUAUUGUCUGUAGGCAUUUACGUCUUGUCACUGCGCCUCACAUCGCCAAAAUUUACAAUUUGACUGCGAGAAUCGUUGAUAUAUUGGAUUUAGGUGGUAAUACUUUUACACAUCCAGAUAAAUCAACAUUUUCAUCGCUUCAAGAUAUACACAUACGUAACUUAGUUUUACAACAUUGCGGAAUUGAAACACUCAACGGAGAUUGUUUUGUUGAUCUUCUGAAAAAUGGUUUAGAAGAAUUACACUUGGAUGGAAAUCGUAUAACCCGUCUUCACGACAAACUCUUCAACGUCAAGAACAACGAUUUGAGACUGUUGAGCCUCGGCCAUAACUCAAUCACGUCGAUCGACCCCGAUACGUUCCGGAGCCUGGACCAACUGAUUGAAUUAGACUUGACAAAUAAUAACAUCGAAAAGCUCAACGCAGAGUGGUUCAGCACGUUGUACAACUUGACAACACUGAAUCUGCAAGGAAAUAGAUUAACGCGCAUUGAAAUUUUGUCCUGGUUAACAUCUUCGUCCUUAAAAGUAAAACCAACUGUGAUUAGCAAUGUUAUUACUGAUCAAAGUAUUCUUAACCCGGAAAAUAUAAGUGUUAAAAUAAAUAAUCAAAAUUUAACACAAGUUAAUCCUAUUGAAUUAAAAUUUAAACAAAAUGGAAACAUGAAUAAUAUAGAUAAUAAUUUAAUAAAUGUUGAUAAUGAUCAGAAUAAAGUAAAAAGUGAAAAAAACAAUCUGGAAAUGGAAAUGAAAAUGGAAGCGCCUCCGCAAGGAUUAUCUAAGUUGACUACAUUAUCCUUGGCUAAUAAUUGGAUAUUUUGGCUGCAGGACGACGUUUUUGCUGAAGCACCAAUGUCUCGCUCUCUGAAAAAUCUAGAUCUUUCUGAAAACCGUAUUUCCACUCUGUCGAACAGAACUUUUAAAGGACUCUCCACUCUUUUUGUACUCAAGCUGAAUCAAAAUAAUUUGCAACACAUUCAUGAGGAUGCGUUUGUGUGGAUGCCAAAUGUUACCUCACUAGAUUUAAAAAACAAUGAGUAUCUUGUUGUCACACCCGGGAUAUUUUCACCAUUGGAACAGUUACAUCAUUUAUACUUUGAUUCGUUUGAAAUGUGUGCAAAUGCUCCGUUUGUGAAAGUAUGUGAACCCAAAGGUGAUGGUAUCUCAUCAAAAGAACAUUUAUUAGACAGUGUUAUUUUACGUGCAAGUGUAUGGAUUAUGGCCGCUAUAGGAUUUGUUGGCAAUUCCAUCGUCCUUUUAGGCCGACAAUUUGUAACCCGACACUCAAACGCUGUCGAUUCAUUACAUAUAAAAAACCUGGCAAUUUCUGAUCUUUUGAUGUCAUUGUAUUUAUUCGCUAUUGCAUCAGUGGACGAAUACUAUCGCGGUGAAUAUCUCCUCAAUGAAUUCUCAUGGCGCAGCAGUAAUCUGUGCACUUUGAGCGGAAUUCUCAACACGUUGAGUUGUGAAUCAAGCGUGUUGAUACUAAGCCUAGUCACGUGGGAUCGUUAUGUGUCGGUAACACGUCCAUUUCCCCGCAACCAACUCAGUUUUAAAUUCGCUGCUCUCCGCUUGGUGACGCUGUGGGCUAUCGCUGCCUUGAUAGCACUACUUCCGAUCAUGAAUACAACUCAAGACUAUUUUGGUUUUGAGUUUUACAAUUCCAACGGUGUAUGUCUUCCGUUAUACUUACAUAACCCAUAUGGAAAGGGAUGGCAAUAUUCAAUUGUAAUGUUUGUUUUUAUUAAUUUAUCUGCGCUAGCAUUCAUUUGCUAUGCUUAUCUGCGAAUGAUAAAAGCCAUUCGUGUAUCAACAGUUGCCUGUCGAUCAACGCAACAAACACAGGAUCGAGAUAGAGUUGCACAACAUCUUGGAAUAAUUGUAUUCACAGAUUGUUUGUGUUGGGUGCCAGUGAUAGUCAUCAAAAUGGCGACGUUAGCAGGUUUAGAAUUUAACCAAACUUAUCGUAACUUUGUGUAUGCUUCACUGGCGAUUUACGUAAUGCCAAUAAAUUCAGCGUUGAAUCCGAUUCUGUAUACGUUUGCCACGCCGCUGUUUAAGAAACAAAUCCGUAAGAUGGCGCAUGUGUGCUGUCAAAAACAAAAACGUCCCGAAGGGCAAUCUGGAUAUGACACAGCGCUGAGUUUAAGCUUAGGAAUGUUAGGCUCAAAUGGCAGAAGAGUGUUAACAUACAGGAGUACACAAACAAGUCACACCGGAAGUAAAAAUAGUUGGCGAAAACAACCGCAAGCUGUAUGACACACAGCCACGUUCGAUGAGAGAGAAAGCACUGAACUAUAAACCAACUUAAAUCAAUGUCAAUCAAGCAUCGAAUUUAUAAAGAAAUAACUGUGUAUAAUUGUUAGUAUUUAUGUGUGUAUAAAAAUAACUAGUUCGUAAUCUAAGUGUAAACUUUGAACAUUCUGUAUGUAACAAUAUGUAACAGUAAAAUAAUUCUUUCCAU